GCGGUGUACCAGCGUAGUGACCAAAUCAUCUGACAUACCCAUCUGGACAUACAACCCAAUGGUGAAGCGCGGAUGGAAAGGCAUCUUGCUCGUGACUACAGCUGUGGUGGGCUUGCUAUCGCUGCGCUCGGUUCGUGGAAUUGACGAGGCAAACGUACAGGUGGAGACGAUUGAGGAAGGAUCGAUCGACGUGGUCGGUACCCAAGUCAGCUUCUUGGGGAACCUCGGGAGCUCUCCUUCCAGCCCAACAGGGGAAGAGGCGGGCGCGGUGCGCAACGUCCUGUUGCUGCACGGCGCCAAAUUCUCGGCUCAGACGUGGCAGGACUUGGGCACCCUUUCGCUCUUGGCUACCAACGGGUUCCGGGUGGCUGCUGUCAACUUGCCCACUCGGGUAAAGACUACACCGCGAGACGAGCUUCUGGAGCAAAUAUGCAGCGGCCUCGGCAUGGGAGUCGAUUCGCCAGCCGUCAUUGUGUCUCCGUCCAUGAGCGGCUCCUUUUCGGUGCCGCUGCUUCUCCGCAAGCCGGAACUGUUCGCCGGCUACGUUCCUGUCGCGCCGGGCCAGGCCCUCUCCCACACGGCCGAAGAUUUUGCGGCAGUAACCGGGGUGCCCGCUCUGAUCGUCUACGGGGAGCUGGAUAGAAUGGGGUCCAGUGCAACUUCGCUGUUGAGCUCCAUCCCUGGUUCGCGCGUGUUGAUGGUCCCCGGCGCUAGCCACCCUUGCUACAUCGACGAACCCGACAUGUUCCACGAGUCGUUGCUGAGCUUCUUGAACGAGGAUGCUCAUUUUUCCAGAGCGAGGUGACAAGCGGUUGAAGGUUGUGCUACUUUCUCUUGGAUGUGCUUGUAUACGUGGUCAGCCACGUUGGAGCGGGUAAUUUAUCUGGGAUCUAUCGUGUACUGCAGCUGUUCUUUUAUCUUAGGUUCCCCGCACGAGGAGAAAGCUUUUGGGCUCCAUGCCUUUUGCGGGAGAAAGCUGAUUUAUUGCACAUGUAGCCUUUUGGAGCUGCAAUCCUGCUGUGGGCUGUAUUCUUCAUGUUCGUUUGAUAUGCUUGUCUGGCCGGGGGGCGGGGGAGGUACAAUGUUCAUGUUUUGCUUGCCUUAGGUGUUGGACUAUUGAGCACUCGUCCUCGAGAGGACGGAGGAUUGUUCCCACAAGACCAAAUCACCGAUGGGCAAUCGUUCCUCCCUACUUUGCCUAAAGAAGGGGGGGUAUAGCCGUCCGUGUUUGUGAGUGGUCUUUAUGUUCUACGGGGGGGUUGCUCGAUGUAAGUCAGCGUCGUUAGUUCUUUUGGCUUGCCGGCGAGAACAUCACGGCACGGAGGUGUAUAUAUUCUUGACCAAAAGAAAGACAGGCGUGGUACCAAUACUUUCAGAAGUAUCACCGUGGGCGGUUGUUCUUGACUUGAGCCCAGCAUUAUUUUGUCAUUAGGAUUUGGAGGAAUGACAACAUCGACAGACAUAUAGGAAGAAACCCCCUCCCCGGGAUAAGAAAGCAGAUCAGUGUUGCUUCACGUCAUAUGCAGUCUUUGGACCGGUUUCACCAGAUGGAUAUUGAUUGAAUGAAGUCAACAAGUCGCGCGGAUCGGCUGUAGACGAUUGCUUGCCCCUCCGCGCAGGGUUUGCUCUCGGAUGUCUCUCCACCGACAGAGAAUGAACCUGGACACGACCAAAGCUGACCAAACUAACAGCGUGUUUUCAGAGCAAACCUGCCUUGAAUGGAAAGCUUUCACGCUUGCUAACGUGCUCAUGUUAAUGGGAACCUCCCCUGCUGGCCACAUUUUGUACU